CAUUUCAUGUAGUGCAUCAAUAUAAGCUUAACAAAAAAAUAUAAACAAAAAUAGAAAUAAGGAUAUAAUUAAAAGAAAUUAAUUAACAAUCAAUAAUUCCAUGGCUCAAAGAAACUUACCGCAGUCAAAAGAAGCCCUCUUAAAAUCUUACAAUUUACGAUUAAAAGAAGAUGUUAAGAGUAUGCUAGAGAACUUUGAAGAAAUUAUCAAACUGGCAAGAGCAGAAAGUGAUUCUCAAUUAUCUAAAAUAACACAGUGUGAACAAGAUACAUAUGAAAUGCAAGUACGUGCUGCAAAUAUAGUACGAGCAGGAGAGUCUUUAAUGAAAUUAGUUUCAGAUAUAAAACAAUAUCUAAUAUUAAAUGAUUUUCAUUCUGUAAAUGAAGCAAUUACAGCAAAUUCUCAAUUGUUUAGAUCAACUCAAGCAGAAUGUGAUAGGAAAUUAAUGCAGUUGCGUGAUGAAAUGGCAAUGGACCUUUAUGACUUAGAAGAAGAGUAUUAUACGAGCGUAUAUAAAUAAUUUUGAAUAAUAAAUUAAAAUAAAGGAAUUAAAUUUA